AUGGGGGUGUCAGCUGGAGCGCUGCUGUCCCUUCUGCUGGCAGUGCUGCUCACGGUCCCCCCAGGAGCCCUGGGCGCCAGCCCGGGCCUGGUUGCCCGGAUCACCGACAAGGGCCUGGAGUACGCUGCCAAGGAGGGGCUGCAGGCUCUGCAGAGCAAGCUGCAUGGACUCAAGCUUCUGCAGAUCCACCACUGUGAGCUGCGGGCCUCCUCUCUGAAACCCCUCCCCAGCCAGGGCCUGGCUUUCUCCGUCUCCAACUCCGACAUCAUGGUGCAGGGCAGGUGGAAGGCACGCAAGUCUUUCGUGAGACUGCAGGGGUUCUUUGACCUGCAGGUCAGGGGCAUCGCCAUUUCCUUCGACCUCCUCUUGGGCAGCGACUCUUCUGGGCGACCUACAGUCUCUGCCUCCAGGUGUCACAGUCACAUCGGGGACGUGGAUGUGGAUGUGUCAGGUGAUGCAAGCUGGCUGCUGAAUCUCUUCCACAACCAGAUCGAAUCCAAGUUCCAGCGAGAGCUGGAGAGCAAGAUUUGUGAAUUGAUCUACAAAUCAGUGACUUCUGACCUACAGCCUUAUCUCCAAACUCUGCCAGUCUCAACAGAGAUUGACAGUUUCAUCAGUGUUGAUUACAGUUUAAUGGAGGCACCAAAGGCAGCAACUCAAACUUUGGACAUGAUGCUUAAGGGUGAAAUUUUUAACCACAAUCACCACUCCCGAGUUGCUGUCCUUCCUCCAGUUAUGAACCUUCCUGAGGAACACAACAGAAUGGUUUAUUUUAUCAUCUCUAAUUAUGUCUUCAACUCUGCCAGCCUGAUAUAUCAAAAGGCAGGAUACCUGAACUUCUCCAUCACAGAUGACUUGAUUCCAUCCGACUCCAACAUCCGACUGAACACCAAGUCCUUCCGUUCCUUUGCCCCUCGGUUAGCCAGGCUGUACCCCAACAUGUACUUGGAGCUCCAGGGAGCAGUAGUCUCUGCCCCUGUACUGAACUUCAGCCCUGGGAACCUGUCCGUGACCCCCGAGAUGGAGAUUGCGGGCUUCGUGCUGUCACGCACUGGCCGGGUGCCUGUCUUCGUGCUUGGUGCGGCCACUAAUAUAUCCGCCAUGUUGAUCUUCAGCACCAACAGGAUCACUGCGUCCUUAAAGCCCGAAAAGAUACAUUUGGAACUGAAGGAAUCUAAAGUCGGAAUAUUCAAUGUGGAGCUGUUGGAGGCAUUACUCAACGACUACAUCCUCAACAACCUUUACCCCAAGAUCAACGAGCUGCUGGAAAAAGGUUUCCCUCUCCCUCUGCUAAACCAUAUUCAACUCUACGACAUAAUUCUUCAGAUCCACAAGGACUUCCUGUUCUUGGGUGCUAAUGCCCAGUACAUGAGAGUUUGAGGACCCAGAGCAUGAAGGGACU